AUGAGGCCGCCCCAUCGUGGUCGGCCGGUGCAGACUCAGGCGGUGGCCACCACCGGCCCCCCCGCAGCGAAAAAGGCCAGCAUCAGCAGCCCCAACAGCCAGUUCCCCGACCUCCAGUUGGAUGCCUACGACCCCAUGGAGGUCCAGGCUGCCGACCUGGUCGUGGUGGGCGCUGGGCCCGCAGGCCUGUCGGUGGCUGCACGCGUGUCUCAGGCCGGCUUCCGCGUGGUCCUGGUGGACCCCGACCCUCUGGGGGAGUGGCGCAACAACUAUGGCGUCUGGUGCGACGAGUUCGAGGACAUGGGCCUGGAGGACUGCUUCGACACGGUGUGGGACCGGGCCGUCGUCUAUCUGGACUCGGGUCCUGAUGGACAAAGGAGCCUGAGCCGGCCCUACGCCCGCGUGGACCGACCCCGGCUGAAGCGCAAGAUGCUGUCAGAGUGCGUCCGCCAUGGCGUCCAGUUCCACAGCGUCAAGGCCGAGGACGCGACGCACGGGGAUGGGCGCUCGACGCUGCGCUGCAGCGAUGGGUCCCAGGUCACGGCAAGUCUCGUCCUAGACGCCAGUGGCCACAGCAGGUCCCUGGUCAAGUAUGACACAAAUUUUGACCCUGGGUACCAGGGCGCGUAUGGCUUCGUGGCAGAGGUCGAGUGGCAUCCCUUUGACCCUGGGGCAAUGCUCUUCAUGGACUGGCGUGACGACCACCUGGCAGACCGCCCAGACCUGCGAGCCUCCAAUGAACGGCUGCCUUCGUUCCUGUAUGCCAUGCCCCUGUCAGCCACAUCUGUGUUUUUGGAGGAGACGUCGCUGGUGGCACGUCCCAUCAUCCCCUUUGAGGAUUUGAAGGUCAGGCUGGAGGCCCGACUGAAGUAUCUCGGACUCGAGAUCAAGAGCAUAUCUGAGGAGGAGUAUUGUCGCAUUCCCAUGGGCGGUGCACUCCCGACCCUGCCUCAGCGUGUGCUGGGGUUGGGAGGCACUGCUGGGAUGGUGCACCCCUCCACAGGGUACAUGAUCUCGAGGGUUCUGGGUGCUGCCCCGCUCGUGGCAGACACCAUAAUCGACCAGCUCUGCUCCGUCUCAGACAGAGCACAGGACCGCAACACGCCCCGCGCCCCACGGAGCGAGGAGGAGGCUGAUGCAAUGGCUGCCGCCGUCUGGGCGGCGCUGUGGCCCAAGCGACGCCAGAGGCAGCGAGAGUUCUUCUGGUUUGGCAUGGAGAUCCUGUUGAAGCUGGACUUGCAUGAGACCCGGAACUUUUUCUCGGCAUUUUUCUCCUUGUCUGAGCAUCACUGGCAUGGGUUCCUCUCGGCGCGACUCACCUUCACUGAGCUCAUUGGCUUUGGCUUGAGCCUCUUCGCAAAGUCCAGCAGCUCUGCGCGCCUGGGCCUUAUUGCCAAGGGGCUACCGGGCUUGGUCACCAUGCUUGCUCGUCUCACUCAAAUUAAGUGA